CAUCACCGUGUCGGGGACGAGGCGAGGCGCGGCGCCCUCCCGCGGAUCCUGCGCACAGGUCAGGCGCGUUACGAAGCGCAGAGCCACCAUCAUGAUAUCCCGUUACUGCGUCUAACCCGGCCCGCGCGCGUCUCUACUAAAGUGCCCCGGGUCCCGCUGCCCACGCGCUCCCCCGAGCCCAGCGAGCCCUGUGUGGUGUCUGGCUGGGGCUUGGUGUCCGACAACAAGCCUGGGGCCACAGGGAGCCCCGUGUCACAAGUGAGACUCCCAGAUACAUUGCAUUGGGCCAACAUCAGCAUUAUCUGGACCACAUCUUGUAACAAGGACUAUGCAGGGCGCCUGGUGAACACCACGGUGUGUGCGGGCGUGGAGGGCAGAGGCACGGACUCCUGUGAGGGUGACUUCGGGGGACCCCUGGUCUGUGGGGAUGUACUGCAGGGCAUUGUGUCCUGGGGUGAUGUCCCCUGCGACACAACCACCAAGCCCAGUGUCUAUACCAAAGUCUGCAGCUACUUGGAGUGGAUCAAGGAAACCAUGAAGAGGAAAUGACUAUUCUGGCCUACCACCUGUGUCCCUGACUACACAGAAGCCCCCAUGGCUGGCCAGCAGCCCCAUCUUGACCUGGAACAGAACUGGACCAUCCCCCAAGACCCUGUCCAAGACCCAGAGGUUAGCCAAGGACUUGCCCAUCUGAGACCAGAGCUGGUGCUCCAGGUCACCUGUUUGAUACCAGAAUAACAGAAAACACUGAUGCAAGUUUCUCUGUGGAAGUUUCUGCAACUUACUUCUGGGGAUGAAGGGAAAUGGGGGCCACAGACUGGGUGGGGGACUCACAGCCACUAUAUACUGUUCCUUUUCACCCGCUGCCCUGACGUUCAUUCAGCACCUAGGAUCAGCUAUUUGAUCUUGAGCAAAAGACCCAACCUCAGUCAGCCUGGGUUUCCCCCAUCUCAUAUUGCUUUCCUCAGGGGGUUGCUGUGAGGAUUAA